AUGUCAAGAUCACAUAUAUCCCAGCACAUAGAGCCUUUUUUAACAGAGUACCAACACAUCUCGACUGUGUCUGUUCCUCGAACAAAUAAAUACAGAGCACCGUUUACCUCGUCUCGCACAAAUCUUAUUAACAUAAAACUAGAACAUAAUACAUUAACAGAUGAAACUCAAAUGUUAAAAUUCGGCCUUCUUAACAUUAGAUCACUUACCAACAAAGAACCAAUUAUCAAUGAAAUAAUUACUGACCAAAACUUAGAUGCACUCUGUUUAACAGAAACCUGGCUUAAAGCAGACGAUUACACCAGUUUAAACGAAUCCACCCCACAAGACUAUUAUUAUAAACAUGUUCCUCGUCUAAUAGGGAGAGGGGGUGGUGUAGCUACAAUAUACAAUAAAAUAUUCAAACUAAACCAUAAAUCCAACCUAAAAUUUAAUUCGUUUGAAAUAAUACUGUUAAAUAUGGAAAUAACUGAUCGCAACAACAAACGACUUUCGUUCAUUUUAGCUACCAUAUAUAGGCCUCCAGGCCACCACACAGAUUUUCUUAAAGAAAUAGCAGACUUCCUAUCUGAGCUUACAGUCACUGUAGAUAAAGCUCUUAUCGUUGGUGAUUUUAAUAUCCAUGUGGAUAAUCCAAAAGAUGCAUUAGGACGUGCGUUUAUGGAUGUUCUAAAUUCUCUCGGCAUUAAACAAAACGUGUCAGGGCCCACGCAUACUCGUAAUCACACACUAGACUUAAUUCUGUCACUCGGACUCAAUAUUAAUGACAUCGAAAUAUCACCCCAGAGCGAUGCCGUUUCAGACCAUUACCUUGUGUCAUGCACAAUACUUCUAGAUAGGACCGCUCAGUCUACAACAUGCUACAGAUUAGCCAGAACAAUAAUUUCCACCACUAAAGAUAGCUUUAUUAGCACUCUUCCAGACCUGUCCCAAAUGAAACAUGUAGCAGAUAAUCGUGAAGAUCUAGAUAUUAUAAUAGAAAACCUGAACAACGUCUGCUCUAGCACGUUGGAUGCUGUUGCUCCCAUUCGAAAAAAGAGAAUCAAAGAAAAACCGCCAGCUCCAUGGUAUGACCAUCAUACUGCAGCCCUUAAAAAAGUAGCUAGAAAAAUGGAAAGAAACUACCGAAGCACAAAGUUAGAGGUAUGGCGUUCAGCAUGGAAAGAGAGUGUUCAACACUACAGACAGGCUAUUAAAACUGCCAGAUCUACCUAUCUCAGUACGCUUAUUAAAGAAAAUCAUAACAACCCUCGUUUUCUAUUUAGCACAGUUGCGAAACUGACUAGAAACAAAGAACAAACAGAAACCAAUAGUAAACUCCAACACAAUAGUGACGACUUCAUGAACUUCUUUACUAACAAAAUUAUGUUUAUUAGGGAAAACAUAGAAACUAUGCAAGCAGCCAUCACUCUACCCAAUAGUACAUUUUCCACUAGAUUACCAAACGAACAUCUUGAGUCAUUUAAUCCUACUACAAUAGAAGAGCUCUCUAAACUAUAACGUCAUCCAAAUCAUCGUCCUGUAUACUAGACCCCGUUCCCACAAAAUUACUAAAAGAGGUAUUUCAUGUAGUGGCAGACACUGUACUUAAUAUCUUUAACUCAUCUCUAGAAUUAGGAUACGUUCCAACAGCUUUCAAACUAGCAGUUAUUAGACCGCUCAUUAAAAAGCAAAACCUUGACCAGGGAGAUCUUAAUAACUUUAGACCAAUCUCAAAUCUACCUUUUCUUUCUAAAAUAUUAGAAAAAGUAGUGGCAAGCCAGCUACGCACAUUCGUAGAAAAUAAUAAUACAUAUGAAAAGUUCCAAUCAGGAUUCAGGCCCCACCAUAGCACAGAGACAGCGCUGCUUAGAGUUACAAAUGACCUCCUAUUAACAUCCGAUCGUGGUGAAAUCUCAAUCCUUAUAUUACUAGACCUUAGUGCAGCCUUUGACACAAUAGAUCACACAAUCUUACUCAAUAGACUAGAAAACUAUGUUGGCAUCAGUGGUCAGGCGUUAGCCUGGUUCAGAUCGUAUCUAACCAAUCGAUAUCACUUUGUUUAUGUAAAUGAGGAAGAGUCAUAUCACUCCCCCGUUAAAUACGGCAUACCUCAGGGAUCAGUUCUAGGCCCUAUCCUAUUCUCGUUAUAUAUGUUACCUCUAGGAGACAUUAUCAGGAAACAUAACAUAAGUUUUCACUGCUAUGCGGAUGAUACCCAGCUUUACAUCUCGUCGCAUCCUAGCGAAACCCACCAGUUUUCUAAGCUAACAGACUGCAUUAGUGAUAUUAGGGACUGGAUGGCACAAAACUUUCUUAUGCUAAACUCCAAUAAAACAGAGAUACUUAUUAUUGAACCGAAUCGCUACAAACAUAAUAUGUCAGAUUACAAGUUGCCCAUAGAUGGCUGCACGGUGGUGCCAUCUUCCACGGUUAAGAAUUUAGGCGUAAUGUUCGACAGCAAUCUAUCUUUUGAUAGUCAUAUCGCCAACAUCUGCCGCACAGCAUUCUUCCAUCUUAGAAAUAUCUCAAAAAUACGCCAUAUGCUGUCUGCAUCAGACGCAGAAAAGCUUAUACAUGCUUUUAUGACCUCUAGAAUAGACUAUUGUAACUCGUUACUCGGGGGAUGCCAUGCAAAUCAGGUAAACAAGCUACAGCUGGUUCAAAACGCCGCCCCAAGAGUGCUUACUCGAUCUAAAAAGUAUGACCACAUCAGUCCAAUUCUGGCAUCUUUACACUGGCUACCAGUUAAAUAUCGUAUACAAUUUAAAAUAUUACUAAUCACCUACAAAGCCUUAAAUGGCCUAGCGCCUUCGUAUAUUAAAGAACUACUAUCAGAAUACAAUCCAUCACGUAAACUGCGCUCACAAAAUUCUGUUCACUUAAUUAUCCCUAGAAUAUCAAAAGUGUCUAAAGGUGGUAGAUCCUUUUCCUACUUAGCCCCUAAGCUCUGGAAUGAUUUACCAAACAAUGUUCGAGUAUCAGACACAGUCGAUCAAUUUAAAUCUAAACUUAAGACAUUCUUCUUUAACAAAGCAUUCACAUAAAAUGUCCAGUAAAUGUACAUUUCCCGCAGUAGUUAGUUUGUCCAGAACAAAGCACUCACAUACCUCAUAUGGGUAAUAUACUUAUGCCGCAAUAGUUAGCCUGUCUGGAACCGAGCCGACUUGAACCACUAUAAUGUUUGACACUUGCAUUGCAUGCGAACGGCCCCUACGCUAAUAGAAUUCUGUUUUUCUCUCCCUGUCUCGUCCUCA